GAACUCCCGUCAAGACUGGGCGAGGCGCGACCGGAUCCCGCUCCUGACUUGCCCAGGCUACGUAGCCUCCUUGCGAAUCGUCGUAUCUCAUGAAGAAGAACACUAUGUCUCAUUCGGUGACGAUCAGGACGGCGACCGUCACUACGAGUACGUCAGCGAUCAUCAUCAACACUGGUUAUUUCAAGUCCUUGAGCGGGAUCGUUAAGCUUCUACAGCUUAUUCUUGGGACGAUUUGCGUGGGACUAGUGGGCUAUCAGUUCAGCGCGGGUAAUUAUCGGACCACGGCUGACUUGUUCUUCCUUCUAAUGACUACAACAUUCAUGAUAUCGACGUUCAUAUUAAUACUUUCGUGCCUGGCCUCGAUUUCAACGGAAUCGAUCAUUUCCAAGACUAUUUAUGAAGUAAUUUAUCACUCGAUUGCGUUUGGCCUGUUGCUCGCUUGCUCCUUGACCCUUUUGGUGCAAGUUAAUGAUCGGUACUCCAGAGAUCAUGACAGAAUGCUGGCAGCGGCCAUAUGCGGACUCAUCAAUUGUUGCCUUUAUCUGUGUAGUACAGUAAUUGCUUUGCGUACGUACAGAGGUCUAUGAAGAACAUGCAACAAGAGUUGCAGCUAUAUCCAGAGAAGUCAUUCGGAAAACGUAUAAAUACUAAUCGGUGUGACCGUUAGGAGUCAAUGAGAACAAAAUUUCCAUUUUUUUUUAGCUUUGGUCGCUAAGGUCGAGCAUCGUCUGAAAGACAAAUACCGAAUAUUCGAAGUAAAUCUGACUUCAAUGCAAAGUGAUUUUUUGGACAUAUGUUGGAAUCUUCGGCAGAUAUUUUGAUAACUAAUCAUUGACGAACUAGACAGUCUCUAACAUUUUUUACUUUUAUAUAUCCGUGAAUAAUGGAAUGCAAUCGAUACGCACACCAAUUGAUAUUUUCUACUUCCAGAUUGAUCCUAUGGACCAUUACUUAAUUCAUUGUUUGUACAUUUAUAUCGGAAGCAAAAGCGAUUUAUAUCCUGGAUAUUUUUAAGGGAAAUAUAUGUGCGCGUAUUCGUCAUCUUUUAAACAA